AUGAACAUCGUUUCAUUGGAGCAACAAACCGUCCGAUUUGGGCGUUUACGAUUGAAGAAAUGUGGAUCAAUUCUGGCUUUGACAGUAUUCGUCGUUCGCGCGCCAAAAUUAAACUAUGACGAAGAAGAAGCCGAAGUGUUCUAUAUGGACUUGGAGAACUACAGAAAAGACCACACAUUCUUCAAGAUGAUCAUUACAGAUUUCAACGUUAAGAUUGGAUCAAGAAGAACGUCACAUUCGAACCCACGGAUUAGAAUUGAACGAGGGUGA